AUGGCCCGUCUUACCGUGGAUCAACGUGCUAGACUAGCUCUAACUAAUUUAAGAAGUAUGAUGAUGAUUCCUUCUGUGAAGAUGCGUACAAUAUUGAUCAGGUUCAUGCUUGAUGUUUUUGACCCUGCCACUGGUACAUUCGAAAUAGGAGAGAACAAUGGCGCGGUGUCUCUUGGUUUUGUCGAUGUUGAGUGUCUCCUUGGUCUGGUUAAUGAAGGUUUUUCAGCUGGGGAAAUUCUUACCGAGGAAGGUGAAGACGUGAAGCAUCGCAUCCCACCACAGUUCGUAAGCAAAUCAACCGGUAACAUCGUUAUCGAUGAAUUAAUUGACGACAUCAUUAAAAGUAAACUUGCCGAUGAUGACUUCCUGAGGAGGGUAGUCCUAGUGCUUCUUGGAAUAGUACUUGCGCCUAUGGCGACGAAGAUUGUUCCACCCAAGUUCUAUGCACUAGUAGAAGAUGUGGAACGAAUGUCAAAAAUCAAUUGGAACGCAUUCACUCUAAGGGUUCUGUUGGAUAGCAUUAGGCUGGUAAGAAAAGGUAGACAAAUCCGUCAGUGGCCGAAAGGGAACUUAGGAAUGUUGCAGUACCUAUACUGGGAAAAAUGUCAGCCGCUAGAAGGCGAGUGUGCAUUUAAUCCUAAACUGUCCAUGCGCCCUCUAAUGAGGAACUGGAAUGAAGCAGCGGCCACGCGGAGAGACAAUUUUGACUAUGAGAAUGGUCGCGGACGUGGUAACGUGAAGAUUGAUGAAAAUAUCACUGAAGAGUAUCGGUUGAUGGAGCCAGUUGUGCCAGAUCCUGUGGCUGCUCCUCAGAAUAACGCCAAGCCCGCGAGUGCUGUUCCAAGAAAGAAACAGGCUCCAAAACCCAUUGAUAACGGUCAGACGGAAAAUCUGAUAAAUCGUUUAACGGGUUACCUUGAUGCACAAGUGCAGAAGAUGUUGGCUACCAUCCCUGCCUUAUGUGCUCAGAGAACAUUGAAGAUGUUUAAUAAGGAAGGCGUGACUUACAAACCGGCAGCCACAGCGGUUUUCGGUAACAUGGAGGACCAGGAAGAUGUCAACUCUUUCCGGAACGGGCCUCAUGAUAAAAAAGAGUUCAUGUACAAGGAAGAGAGCGAUUCAGCAGGAGGUGGAGAUUCUAUUCAUAUCAUUGACAUGAACCUGGCUGAUGAAUUUGAUAAAUUGGAAAAAAAAAUCAAGGAGCCUGCUAAGAAUGGUACUGCAAAGAAUGCAAAUGAUGCUAUGCGCACACCUGCCAAGGCUAGUGGACUGAAUGGUACUCCAGCAGAAAAGCCAUUUGGCGAUGUUGGUAGCACACCGGAUAAUCCGUUCAUCAUUGAAAAUGCUGAUCCGGUGACAUCAGAUUCAGAUAUUGAUCUUGACGCAGUAACUAUUAGCAAGUUCAUAUCUAAAUCAAAGGAAGAUGAGUUGGGUGGGAAGAGAAAGCGAACAAUUCCCAAGAAAUUUCAAUCUCCCUAUGCUCUAGACAGACGCACCAAGCGUCAAGUCCGUGGUUCAUCCUCAAAAGCUCUGAAUUUCGAUGAUAAAUCUGGAGCAGAGAAAAAUGCAAAACAGGAUGCAUCAUCUGAUUUGUCACCUGAACUAGUAGAUGCAGCUAUAGUCUUCCUCGAGCUUGCAUCAAGGUCAGAGCAGCACAAGAAAAAGAAUGUUUACCGGAGUGUCAGGGGCGAUGAAGUAAACGCUGAACGUCUUCGCAUUGUUCUCGACGAAAGAUGGUUGUCAGACGAUGUCAAAGAUGGUUACAUUGGGCAUCUGAACCUCCGUGUUGGGGAUGACCGCUUCUUGUGUCCAGCAUGGAGAUCUAAAUAUCUAGCAGACCGGGCAAAUGCCGGAGACAAACCCAAAGAAUCCAGCAAGAACAUGGAUAGCGCGAUGGUAAGAUCUGGCGCGGUUGGUAGAGUGGUGACGGAAUACACCGUCCGUGACAAGGUUUAUUUUCCACUCAACAUUGGCAAUACACACUGGACGACCGUUGUCAUGCACAUACUGAAGCAAGAAUUCCAAGUUCUCGACUCGCUUUAUCCUCUAGAGUUUACGUUGGAGACUGUUGAGGCACUUCGGCGCCAAAUUGCAGAAGACAUGCAAGUGGCCAACGAAGUCACGAGUGGAGAUCAUCCCGAUGUUUCAAAGUGGCCGAUAUUAGAGUACGACAUGCCGCAGCAACAUGACGGGAACUCUUGUGGAUUGUUUGUGAUGGAAUGCAUGGAGCAUUGGGAUGGGGAUCGGAUGACUGCAGAGAUUUCACAGAUCAAAAUUAAUGCAAGACGAAGACGAGUUGUCGCUGAAAUGAUGUUAUCACCUUCGAACACGUUAGAGAUCGUGAAAGAGAAAAUUCGGUCCAUCGCUUCCAGGAUCAACAAGAAGACAUAG